AACGUGGUCAUAGGUUUGUCCUGUUAGAAUUUCUCUGGAGCGGCAGUUGUGAGCUCAUUCAGCCUCUCUCUGACAGUCAGCGUGGUACGAUGGUGCUCGACUUGGAUCUGUUUCGGACCGACAAAGGUGGCGAUCCAGAAAUCGUCCGCGAGACUCAAAGGAAGAGAUUUAAAGAUGUAACACUCGUUGACAAACUGGUCGCUGCAGAUGCAGAGUGGAGAAAAUGCCGCUUCACUGCAGACAACCUCAACAAAGUCAAGAACCUCUGCAGCAAGAGCAUUGGGGAGAAAAUGAAGAAUAAAGAACCAGUUGGGGAGGAUGAGUCGGUACCUGAAGAAGCACAGAACCUGGAGACUCUAACAGCAGAGAUGCUAUCAGCCUUGACAGUAACCCAGAUCAAGAAGUUGCGAUUGUUGGUGGACGAGGCAGUGGAGAAAACUGACUGUGAGAGGAUUAAGCUGGAGGCAGAGCGCUUCGAGUACCUGAGGGAGAUCGGCAAUCUUCUGCACCCAUCUGUACCCAUCAGCAAUGACGAGGAUGUAGACAACAAGGUGGAGCGCACAUGGGGAGACUGCACCGUCCAAAAGAAGUACUCACAUGUUGACCUGGUGGUCAUGAUCGAUGGCUUUGAUGGAGAGAAGGGAGCUGUUGUGGCUGGGAGCAGAGGUUACUUUCUCAAGGGGCCGCUGGUAUUCCUGGAGCAGGCUUUGAUCAAUUAUGCCUUAAGGAUUCUCCACAGCAAGAAUUACACUAUGCUCUACACACCCUUCUUCAUGAGGAAAGAGGUCAUGCAGGAAGUCGCCCAGCUCAGCCAGUUUGAUGAAGAGCUUUAUAAGGUCAUCGGUAAGAGCAGUGAAAAGGCAGAUGACAGCUCCAUCGAUGAGAAGUACUUGAUCGCCACCUCAGAGCAGCCCAUCGCAGCCUUCCUGAGGGAUGAGUGGCUCAAACCAGAGGACCUGCCCAUCCGCUACGCCGGCAUCUCCACCUGUUUCAGACAGGAAGUGGGCUCUCAUGGCCGAGACACCCGUGGGAUCUUCAGGGUGCACCAGUUUGAGAAGAUUGAGCAGUUUGUGUAUGCCUCCCCACAUGACAGCAAGUCGUGGGAGAUGUUUGAUGAAAUGAUUGGGACAGCAGAAGAGUUUUACAAGUCACUGGGAAUUCCCUAUCGCAUCGUCAACAUUGUUUCAGGUGCCUUAAAUCAUGCAGCCAGCAAGAAGCUGGAUCUGGAGGCUUGGUUUCCUGGCUCUGGUGCUUUCAGAGAACUGGUCUCCUGCUCAAACUGCACCGACUACCAGGCCAGACGCCUGCGCAUUCGUUACGGACAGACCAAAAAGAUGAUGGACAAGGCGGAGUUCGUGCACAUGUUGAACGCAACCAUGUGCGCCACCACACGUGUGAUGUGUGCCAUCCUGGAGAAUUACCAGACCGAAGAAGGCAUCGUUAUUCCAGAGAAGCUCAGGGAGUUCAUGCCUCCCGGUAUGACAGAGAUGAUUAAGUUUGUCAAGCCCGCUCCCAUUGAUCAGGAGAUGUCUAAGAAAGCAAAGAAACAGCAGGCGGGAGGGAAGAAGAAGAAGCAGGACGGAGGAAACGAGAGCCUGCCCAACGCCAUGGAGAACAUGGCCGUCAACGACUCAUAGACUUUGUGUCGUUUCACCAGCCACACGGACAGAAACUGAUGGAAUAGAGCCUCUUGUCCAAUGAUCAGGAGUCACCUUUGAUGCAUAGUUGUUCCAAAAAGAGAGAACAAAUCUCUCAGGGUUAGCACUUAAUGUUAUAUUGAACAUGUAGAGAAGGCUGGCUCUGUCCCAUCUGUGUCUGUCUUAAUGGAUGGUGUUAUUCAUCUCAGCUGUUCUUUCUCUCAUUCACUUCAAGCACACUGAAAAAGGGAUCACUCUCUCUGUCUCUCUCUGUGCUGUCAUCUACAGUCCACUUCAGAAUCACCUGACCACCUGUCUGCCUGUCUCUUUUUCACAUCCAUAGCAACACUGAGCCUAAAACAGAUAAGCCUCAGAUAUUCAGAAUCAGCAGCAGCAUUUCUGCCUUCCUUGUAAUGACAGUGAGUUUCUUUGACUGGUGUGUGGUGCAGAUAAACCAGUGCUCCUAUACAAAUACAUGUUUCCAGCUUUUUGGGAUGUGUCAUUAUGAUUGAAAAGUGUAUGUUCUCAUAUAACCGAUCAGUAACUGUGGUUAAUUCUUCAUUCAGUGGCUCGUUGUUGAGACCAAAACUUGCACCUGUCCUAUAAAAUGUGGUCGAUUACUUCAUGUUAAAAUGGUUUUAAAGUUGAUCUAAUUGUCUGUUUUAGGCUUCAUGCUGCCUCAUCUUCGACUUUGUUGGCUGAUGUCAUUGUUGACCAUGAUGCUGCUCAUUGAGACACUGACAUUAUCCGUAUGCGCUUGCUAAUACAAAGAUAUAUAUAUAUAUGAUUGAGCAUUGAUGAAGUGACACUCACUGUCAACAAAUAUUAAAUACAGUUGAUAUGGAA